AUGAGUAUGGCAUCCUCCACAUGGGCGGGUUACGGACCGGCGCCGUCGACUCAAGGCCCAUCAAGCCAGCUCCAACGGACCGGAUCAGGAGAUCGUCAAAAGAAGCCGCAAUCACGCCAGCUUCUGUCAUGUACCAAGUGUAGGGAGAGGAAGGUUAAGUGUGACCGUACGAAACCAUGCUCAGCCUGUUGUGCUCGAGGUCAUCCCAAGGAAUGCGAGUUCGUUGUAGGCGAAGGCAAUGACUACAGCCCCAUACAGCAGUCCUACGAGAUACGCAAGCUGCGCCUCGAGAACCAGAAGUUGAAGGAACGUCUUCAGCAAGCACGACUUACAGCAUCUGGCGACGACGAUGAUGAUGACGACUCCUCAGAUCGAAAGGGUUCGAGGACCGCAUCGAGAGCUGCAGCCUCACGACAACGACGCUUCAAAACUGGCGACAGGGUCGACAAUCUCUACUUCGGCAGCCCAGGUCUCGCCAACAUUGUUUCGGAUUUCGCGAAUCUCCAGAUGGGUAGUCACUCGCUUACGCAUACACUACCCAAAGGCAGAGAGAUGUACGCCGCUCCCGAAGGCUCUUCUUAUCCCUUCCUGCUUCCCUUCGCAGGGGAUGCUUCAGCCCUUGCACACAACCUCCUGGGCUCACAUAGCGAUGUCUAUGCAGCCCUAGACCACUUUCAGGAGCGCGCACAGUCUUGUUACUUCCCGCAUACACCUGACGAGGUCACCAGGAGGGAGGUCGAGCGGUUCUUAUCCGACGCUGAGGGCAAUGCAGAACGACAUCCGGAUAUGCUGGCUUUGAUCUUCGCGACACUAGCGACCGGAAUGCAGAUGGGCGUCUACGACAAGCAUAAUGGCUGGAGACCCGGCGCCGUGGAAGAAGACCGCAUCAGGAGCGACGUGUAUAUUGCCGCCGCGAUGCAGGCUUUGCGUCUGGCUUCGUUCAUGAACUCCCCAAGCCUCUUGUGCAUACAGACGUUGAUCAUGAUUGGACCAUAUUUGACAAACAGUGGCCGCUUCUUGGAUGCUUUCACGCUUUUCGGCACCACGAUUCGGUUGGCACAUUCCAUCGGCCUGCAUCGCGAUCCGAAGUUUCUCGACCCGGCACCAGCUCUGCGAGAAAGCUCUAUCCGGAAGACGUUAUGGUGGUGGAUGUUACACAUGGAUCAGCAGUACUCUGUGACUCUAGGACGACCACUCGGCAUAUCAGGUUUUGGCGACUGUCCGCCUCCUGAACCACUUACAACCAAUCCGACAAUACUACGACUAGGCGAGUUCGUUGACCACUUUACGAUCCUUGCGCGACAGAUCUUGGCCAGCGAUGGCAUGAUGAACGUGGGUAGGAUCGACGAGUUCACCGACAAGUUGGUCGGGCUAUGGGACACAAUGCCAGAAUCGCUACAGUUCAAUGAAAGCUGGACACACUCUGACACAGUGCUACCGGAGUGGCCAUUGGAUGUCAUGUCAGCCAAAGUGCUGUUUGCCAAGGUGCAAUCGUUCUUGAUUCUUCUAAACCGACAGCGAAUAGAGCGGACGCAGAAUAUCCCCAGCGAACAUUCACCACCCAGCACAAUGAUGCCUCCGCCUCGAAGCCACUUUGGUAUGGCAUCGUCAAGUUACGGCGACCAUCCUUCGCAUCCAGCUCCAGUGCGUGGCCGAGCACUGGUGGUCAACUCUUCCUUCCAUCUCUUGCAAGCGUUCAUGUUCUUCUGGUUUCGCAAUCCGGCAGUACUGAUCUGCUGGACGAUGGGUCAACAAGCUUUCAAUGCGUGUAUGAUAUUGAUACUGGACGCCUGGGAGACCGGAAACGAUCACCACGAGUGGCUGGUGAACCAAGCAUAUGCAGUCUUUGGCGAGCUUCAGAAGAAUGGAGUCCACAAACUCGCAGAACUGGCCGUGCGCCGAAUUUCCGGUGGCCUUAUGAUGCUGGGACAAAGAAGAGCGCAAAGGGAACAAGCAGCCAUGUCGCGAAGACCUUCUGGGUACCAGCCUACGCUCCAAAUCGACACCGCCUCGAUGAGCGACUUCUCCAACGAUGCGGUAAUGGGCAACACUGGCAUGUUCCUACUCGAAGAUCCGGGCCUACAAUCGUACCUCCCAACGCCCUUCGAACCUCUGGGCUGGCACAUGGCCGGCAGUGCCCACCCCUCCAACUCUUCAAACCCAACAACACCGUCACCGCCAAUCGUCCCAGUCAGCCAGGUCACCGCCGCGCCCUUCCCAGUAAUGUCCCCACCUUACCUAUCCCCAGUCACGAUCCCCAUGACCACCUCUUACGCGGUGAGCGGGGGCAGCCUCCCAGCCUGGAUCCCAAGCCAACCACAACCACCUCUCCAACAGCAGCAACGAAACCGCCAAUCAUCCUCCAGCGCAACAAGGCCACAGGCAGCGUUCACACCCAUCAACACAGGCGCCCCUUUACAGCAACAUCACGAUCAUCGACAGCAGCAACAGACAACAGAGCAGCAGUCUUUUUCUCAGAUUCGCGGUCCCCGUCACGGCCAUGGCUCCACAGGCGCGGGACCGCGAGGCAUUCAGCAGAGACACGCCGACAGGCCGCCGCGAUCGCAGCAGCGGCGGAAGUAG